AGAGAGUUCGAUGGCUCCGGUGGGUCUGCCGCCUGGCUUUAGGUUUCACCCUACAGAUGAGGAGCUGGUGAAUUACUACCUCAAGAGGAAGAUCCAUGGCCUCAAGAUCGAACUCGAUAUAAUCCCGGAAGUGGACCUGUACAAGUGCGAGCCAUGGGAAUUAGCAGAGAAAUCAUUCUUGCCGAGUAGGGAUCCAGAAUGGUACUUCUUCGGGCCGCGGGAUCGGAAAUACCCCAACGGGUUUCGCACCAACCGUGCCACCAGAGCAGGAUACUGGAAGUCGACAGGAAAGGACCGGCGAGUUUGCUCUCAGAAUCGAGCUAUCGGCAUGAAGAAGACGCUGGUCUAUUACAGAGGCCGAGCUCCCCAAGGCAUCAGAACGGACUGGGUGAUGCACGAGUACCGCCUCGACGACAAGGAGUGCGAGGACACCAUGGGAUUUCAGGAUUCGUACGCACUGUGUCGAGUGUUCAAGAAGAACGUCAUCUGCACAGAGGUGGAAGAGCAGGCGCAGUGCAGCAUAAUACUGGGGGAGAGCUCCCAAGGAGUCGUGGUGGCCGCCGAGUACGAGACCACGUCGCCGGACAUGCCGGUUGGAUCAUCUUCAUGCGUCGAGGAGGAAGACAAAGACGACGCUUGGAUGCAGUUCAUCACGGACGACGCAUGGUGUUCUACAUUACCGAGCAACGAGGGCGGCGAGGAGGCCUCAUGCGUCGCCAUUGUCAAUUCAUGAACAAACCAAACCUUUUUCUCCACAUAGAUCUGCUUGGGUGGUAAAUAACAAGAUUGGGUAAGAUCAUUUAAUCAAAUAAUACUGAGAUCAUUAAAGUAAGCGUUUUUGGUGGAUUCA